UCCACAACUAGGCAACACGUGCGGUUUCUAAAACAGUUGAAAAUAUUGCAGGUUAUUUUCAUGUUUGGUAUUCAGUAAAUAAGAUAAACUUGCAGAAUGCAGCACGACGACGUCGUUUGGAGCGUCAUUAACGGCACAUUUUGCUCACACAAAGUGAGCACGAAAACGCAAAAGUUCUGCCGCAAUGAAUUCAAUUUAACUGGUCUGUGUACAAGGAGUUCCUGCCCGUUGGCAAACAGCCAAUAUGCAACUGUGCGAGAGGAAAGCGGCAUUGUUUACUUGUAUAUGAAAACAGCUGAACGGGCACAUUUCCCCAACAAGUGCUGGGAAAAGGUCAAGCUUUCGAAGAACUUUGAGAAGGCCAUCCAUCAGAUCAACGAGAAUCUUCUGUAUUGGCCCGGAUUCAUCAAACAGAAAUGCAAGCAGAGGUUUGUCAGGAUCACACAGUAUCUCAUUCGUAUGCGCAGAUUGAGGCUGAAGAGACAGAAGUUGCUCGUGCCGUUGCAGACGAAGAUCGAGAGGAGAGAGACGAGAAGGGAACACAAGGCUCUCAUUGCUGCUAGGAUAGAGAAGGGUGUUGAGAAGACUUUGUUGGAUAGGCUCAAGAAGGGAGUCUACCAAGAUUUAUACAAUAUACCUCAGUCUAUGUUCGAUGAAGCUUUGAUGGAAGGCGAAGUUGAAGACAAUGAGAGUGGAGAGGAGGAAAUCGAGUCCGAAGUUGAGCAGGAAAUGGAGGGUGAUGCCUUUGUUGAAGGCACUGACUCAGAGUUUGAGAUUGAAUCAGAGGACAGCGACAGCGGUAAAAAGGAGACCGUUAUUGGUGAUAUUGAAUCUUCGGACGAUUCUGAUAUUGAAGAUGUUACUGUGCCUUCUCAGUCGAAAGCUAAAUUCAAAUCGAAAACGAUGCCGAAAGGUGGACCCGCUGGUAAGAAAGGCAAGAAACAACGGGUGGAGAUCGAGUACGAAAUGGAAACGGAGCCCGCAUCUAGAGUUAGUUCAUAUUAAAUUAAUUAUUGUUCUUGUAUUUUUUAUUCGAUAUAAUAAAAUAAUUUUACUUUUAA